ACUGAAAAGAUUCGACUCAGUAGAGUGAUACGUUCACGAUUCGGACAUCGCUAGAUGCUUACUCAAUCUGGAAACAGCUUGUUCAGCGUUGUUCAGCAUUAUCAGUUAUGGAGGUCAAUGGUUCUGAUAGUGAUUGGAGGAGUCCAGCCUUUCGACAGAAAUUAGUGGCCCAAAUAGAUGAAGCCAUGAGAAAAGCAGGAACUGCUCACACAAAGUCCAGUACUGAUAUGGAGAACAAUGUUUUUAUGAAGGCAAAAACCAGAGAGGACUAUUUGGCUUUAGUUGCAAGACUGAUAAUUCAUUUUAGAGACAUCCAUAAAAAGUCACAAGACCCUAUGAAUGCCCUGCAAAGUAUACCAGGAGUGGGUGGAGGUGGUCCUGGAGUUAUUGGCAUUGGACCACGGCCCCCUGGUGCACAAAUGGGUGGUAUGGGGUCAAUGCAAAUGCAGAUGGGUCAACGUGGCAUGCAGGGAGGUCAGCAGGCUGUAUCUAUCUCAGCAGGUGCUGCCGGGCAGAUGCCGAUGAUGCAACAGCAACAACAACAGCAGCAGUCCAUUCAAUUUCAGCAGUAUCCGUCGCAGCAACAGGCAGCCAUGCAGCCUCAGCAGCCAGCACCUAUGCAGCUGAAUGCCAUGCAGUUCCAACAGAUAAGGCAGCAGUAUCAGAAUCAACAACAGCAGCAGACACAGACUCAGCAGCAACAACAGAACCAGUUGCACCAAACAAGAAUGCAGCAGCAGCAGUUAGCACAAAUGCAGCAACUGCAACAGCAGCAGCUUCAAGCCCAGGUCCAGGCUCAGGUCCAAGCCCAAGCCCAGGCCCAAAUACAGCAGCAGCAACAGCAGCUUCAAGCCCAGGUCCAGGCUCAGGUCCAAGCCCAGGUCCAAGCUCAAGGUCAAGCCCAGGUGCAGGCUCAAGGAGUGGUAGGUCAGAUGCCCCCUCGUUCACAGCAGCAACAAGUCAUGAUGCCCCAGUCAUUAGCACAAAUGGCUCCCGGACAGCAUCAACCCAUCAGCUCACUCAGCCAACAACAGCAGCAACAUCUGAAGCUCCAGCAGGCAAUGCAGCAGGCGAGAGUAUUGCAGCAGCAACAGCAGCAGCAACAACAACAACAACAACAACAACAACAACAACAGCAGCAGCAGCAGGCUCAACAGCUCCAGCAGGCAGGCCAGCUCUCUGCAGUCCCUGGCCAGAUGAUGCCCCGUCCUGGGAUGCAAAUUCCACCCCGGUUCCCCCGUGCCCCCCCGAACUCUGCCAUUCCUCAAAACCCCGUUGCCACUGGAGGACAGCAAAUGCCACAGGGUCAACAAAUGAUGUCAUCACCCUCCUCAGUUCAGGUGCAGACACCCCAGCCGAUGCCACUUCCCCCUCAGCUGAUGCAAUCCCCCCAGCCUCCUUCCUCUCAGCCCAACUCUGUCAGCUCUGGUCCAAUCCAUUCUCCUGGAGGUUUCCAACCCAGCCCCUCUCCUCAGCCGUCCCAGAGUCCUGCAUCUUCACGCACCCCCCAGAGUUACCCCCUCCAGGUACCUUCACCAGGACCUCUCAAUACACCAGGCAAUCCAAGCUCUGUAAUGAGCCCAGCAGGGGCCUCACCAUCUGAGGACCAGCUUUACAUGGACAAACUGAAGCAGCUGUCAAAAUAUAUCGAGCCACUGCGCAGAAUGAUUAACAAAAUAGACAAAAAUGAAGAUAGGAAGAAGGAUUUGAGCAAAAUGAAAAGUUUGCUCAACAUUUUGACUGACCCCAACACAAGAUGUCCACUUAAAACACUACAGAAGUGUGAAAUAGCAUUGGAGAAACUAAAGAAUGACAUGGCAGUGCCGACUCCUCCCCCUCCUCCAGUGCCCUCUACCAAAAAGCAGUACCUGUGCCAGCCGCUGCUGGAUGCUGUCUUAGCCAACAUCCGUUCCCCAGUUUUCAAUCAUUCACUUUACAGCACGUUUGAUCCUGCUAUGACAGCAAUUCAUGGACCCCCAAUCACGGGUCCCUCAAUUCCUUCCCGUAAACGGAAGCUGGAGGAUGACGAGCACCAGACCAUCCCUAACAUACUUCAAGGGGAGGUGGCUCGUCUUCAUUCCAAAUUCCUGGUCGAUCUGGACCCGUUCUUUUGCAGCAACAAUGGAACGGUGCAUCUCGUAUGUAAACUAGAUGAUAAAAAUCUUCCCAGUGUUCCCCCUCUUCAGCUGAGCAUUCCAGCGGACUACCCCGAUCAGAGCCCGCACUGGGAAGAUGACGGUCAGCAGUAUGAGGCCAACCCCUUCUUGCAGAGUGUGCAUAAGAACAUGACCUCUAAACUCCUUCAGCUUCCUGACAAGCACUCGGUGACGGCGCUGCUGAACACUUGGGCCCAAAGCGUGAGACAGGCUUGCCUUUCAGCUGCUUAGAAUGUAUUCCCAUCAGCACUAUCAGCCCAGUAUAAUCCUUGCACCUCUAUGGAAUGAUGGCAAUAUAUUAAUACUUUCUUUGUCUUUUUUUUAUUUACCUGAAUUAUAAUCUGUUUUGUUUAGUCCUGUACACUAAGGCCUAAACUGUUUGUGCAUUGCUUCAUUAAUAAAGACAUUAAAAUGCUG